UGCUGAUUGGUGCCGCUGGGGCGUCAGACAGUGCCACGCGCCGAAGAGUGGGAAAGUCGGUCGUCGUGGUGGCGCCGAAUACCACGCGCGUGAGAAGGGCGGUGGCAGGUGAGGCGCUCGCGCUGCCAUUGCCCCUUCCCCAGUCCCGGGAGUCGCCGUUGGCGAUAUUCCCACCCCCUUCCUGCCAGCUUGAUUGGACUGGGUGCAGCAGAGGCAAAUCCAUUUGUCCCGUGUGGUGUCCUAUCAACAGUGAGACGUGUGUCUGCCAAGUCGGGGUCUGCUGAGUGACUGCCGUUCCUUCUGGGCAUGCGUGGCCUGCAUGCUGCCAACCACGAUAUUGCAAAUAUGCAUGACGAAAGUACAGAUGUAACAAAUGGAUGUGGCAAAAUCCGAACUGGUACUCAGAAUGAGGCUGCCUUACUAGCUUUGAUGGAAAAGACUGGCUACAGCAUGGUUCAAGAAAAUGGACAAAGAAAAUUUGGUGGUCCUCCACCAGGUUGGGAAGGUCCUCCCCCACCUCGUGGCUGUGAAGUUUUUGUGGGAAAGAUUCCUCGUGAUAUGUAUGAAGAUGAAUUAGUCCCUGUUUUUGAGAGAGCUGGGAAGAUUUAUGAAUUCAGAUUGAUGAUGGAAUUUAGUGGUGAGAAUCGAGGAUAUGCCUUUGUGAUGUACACAACUAAAGAAGAAGCCCAGCUGGCCAUAAGGAUCCUUAAUAAUUAUGAAAUUCGUCCAGGAAAAUUUAUUGGUGUCUGUGUAAGCUUAGACAACUGCAGAUUAUUUAUUGGAGCUAUUCCAAAAGAGAAAAAGAAAGAAGAAAUCUUGGAUGAAAUGAAGAAAGUAACAGAAGGAGUGGUUGAUGUUAUUGUUUAUCCAAGUGCUACUGAUAAAACUAAAAACCGUGGCUUUGCCUUUGUAGAAUAUGAGUCUCACAGAGCUGCUGCUAUGGCUAGAAGAAAACUAAUUCCAGGAACGUUCCAGCUAUGGGGACAUACUAUUCAAGUAGACUGGGCAGACCCAGAGAAAGAAGUUGAUGAAGAAACAAUGCAGAGGGUUAAAGUGUUGUAUGUAAGAAACUUAAUGAUCUCUACUACAGAGGAUGCAAUUAAGGCUGAAUUUAACAAAUUUAAGCCAGGAGCAGUUGAACGUGUAAAGAAACUGAGAGACUAUGCUUUUGUUCAUUUUUUCAACCGAGAGGAUGCAGUUGCAGCUAUGUCAAUUAUGAAUGGAAAAUGCAUUGAUGGUGCUAGUAUUGAGGUAACACUGGCAAAACCUGUAAACAAAGAGAGCACUUGGAGACAGCAUCUUAAUGGUCAGAUUAGUCCCAAUUCUGAAAAUAUUCUAGUUUUUGCUAACAAGGAAGAUGGUCAUCAAAAAUCGUUAGGAAAACCAGCAAAUCUUUCAAUUCGUCUUAAUGGUCAGCACAGUCCAAGCCCCCCUGAAAUUGAAAGGUGUACUUACCCAUUUUUUCCAGGGACAAAGCUUACUCCAAUUAGCAUGUAUUCUUUAAAAUCCAAUCAUUUCAGUUCUGCAGUAAUGCAUUUGGAUUAUUACUGCAACAAAAAUAACUGGGCACCACCGGAAUAUUAUUUAUAUUCAACAACAAGUCAGGAUGGAAAAGUACUCUUGGUAUAUAAAAUAGUUAUUCCUACUAUUGCAAAUGGAUCCCAGAGUUAUUUUAUGCCAGACAAACUCUGCACAACAUUAGAAGAUGCAAAGGAAUUGGCAGCCCAGUUUACAUUGCUACAUUUAGGUCCUUUCUGAUGAUGCUUGAGCUUACACUACUGCUGUUGGUCUCAUUCCUGUUGGCUAAACAUUUAUUCUCAUUGACUUCAUUAAGUUAAUGCUUGCCAAAAAAUUGAGGUACCACAUUUACAGAAUUAUGAGGAUACUGCAGUGCAGACCUUCACCUUCACCUUAAAAUGACUUUAUUUGCAAUUCCCUCUGAAAAUAGUGUACAGUGCUUUUUGGAAGCCAGAAGGUCUCCUUAUUUCUAGAAUCAACUCUGCACCUUGUUUGGCUUGAACUACCACGAAGAGCAUAGUUGCAUGUUUGAAAAGUUCAGAAUUUAUUAUUUUGGAGAAAAGGAUAACACUGUAUGGUGUAUGAGAAUUACUGGGAAAUAAAGUAUGUGUUUAUUGGGAAACAACAAUUCUACAAAUAGCAUCUCUGUAUUUUAAAUGGUUUAAUUUAAAGAUUAGUGAAAUUUAUUACAUUUUAUUUGUCUUUUUGCAAAUGUUUGAUUAAUAUAGUUUUUGUUUUAAAGGGAUGAUUUAUUUAAAAUUGUAUUUACCAGUAAUACUUUAAAUGGUAAGUACAACUAGACUUUUAUAAAAGGUUUGCAGUAGUAUGUAAAUCAAAUAUUGGCAAAGUAAUCUAGUUAGAAUACCUCACCCUCCACAUUUCUGUAGUUUUAGAGAAGAUUCUAUCAGUUUGUAUUGUAAAUAAUAAAUCUUAGAAAAAGGCAAAAAUGAACUGGUUACAUCUCUUCUUUCAGAGAUGAAAUCCCAGUAUUUCUGUACCAGAUCUAAUUUGGAAGAAAAUUAGUAUCUUGUGGUAGUAAUAUAAAUCAGAGAUUUGUUUCUGCAAAGGUAGAAAGAUGCAAAACAAAUUUCUUAGUGGAAAGAUACCUUUCCAGUCAAAUCUGUGGUCCUGGUAUAGAAGUAUAUCAGUGAAGUGCAGGUAUUUGUGUCUCAUACUGGUAAAACAGGAUUUGCAAGGCGACAAAUCAGCAUAGUCUCCAUUGCUAUCAACAAAAUAUUGAGGAUUGAAACAUGUUAGAAAAUGAUUUUUUGUGUAGUAGUCUAUUUUGCCUCUUUGAAUUAAAUUUGUAUUUAUAGACUUACAUGCAAAGUAACUAUUCAUAUAUUUAUUUACAGACUACAAUUUUCGUCGCAGCUCAGUAAAUAGCAUUUCCCCUGUUAGUGCCACUCUCUCUUCUGGGACACCCAGCGUGCCUCCAUACACAUCAAGGCCUUAUUUUUAUCCAAGCUACCCCUUAUCACCAACAAUUC